AUGGUCUGCUCCAAAUGCCAGAAAAAGCUCAAAUCCACCGAGCUGGCCACCCCCGGCGUCAAGCGCAAAACCGACAUGUACUACGGCUCGCCGUCGACGACGCUGGGUGGCGCUGCGGCGGAUUCCAAGGCUAAGGGGAAGGCGACGCUGGGGACGACGGGAGUUAGUAAGAACAAACUCCUCAGCUCCAAAGCCAAGAACCCGUACGCGGCGUAUGCCUCGUCGUGCGAGUCGUGCAGGACCAAGACGGAGCAGGGGAAGAAGUUUUGUCAACGGUGUGCGUAUCAGAGGAAUGCUUGUCCUAUGUGCGGGAAGAGUCUGGUGGCCAAGUCAUCCAAGGACCAGCCCAUUGUCCAAGGACAGAAAACCAGUAUGAAAUAG